AUGGCGUUCCAGGCCGUGUCUGUAAUCCACAUUCAAAAGGAAGGUGGUGAGGGUGACUUGCCGUUCUCAAGCACAAGCCUCUUAGCCACAAUCAUACCCAGACUGCUGCAAGAGGCACACUGUGUGUUUGGUGAUUCAGUGUCAGUGAUGGAGGGAGAUUCUGUCACUUUAUACACUGAUCUUACUGAAAUACAUGAAGAUGACGACAUACUGUGGAAAUUUGGAGCUGAAAAGUCUCAAAUAGCUAAAAUGAAGAAAAAGCAGCAAAUCUUUCUCACAUACAGUAAUGGUCCUGAUGGGAGAUUCAGAGACAGACUGAAGCUGGAUGAUCAAACUGGAUCUCUGACCAUCAUGGACACCAGAACUGAACAUGCUGGAGUUUAUGAAGUAAAGAUGAGUGGAGUAAAAGACUUAUUAAAAACAUUCAGUGUUUCUGUAUAUGCUCGUCUGCCUGUUCCUGUCAUCAGCAGUAACUCUUCACAAUGUUCUUCAUCAUCAUCAUCAUCAUCAUCAUCAUCAAAUUGUUCAUUGGUGUGUUCAGCUGUGAAUGUGAGUCAUGUGACUCUCUCCUGGUACAAAGGAAACAGUUUAUUGUCCAGCAUCAGUGUGUCUGAUCUCAGCAUCAGUCUCUCUCUACCUCUGGAGGUGGAAUAUCAGGAUAAAAACACCUACAGCUGUGUGCUGAACAAUCCCAUCAGCAACCAGACUCAACAUCUGGACAUCACUCACCUCUGUCACACAUGUGCAGCUCCUCCAGACUCAGUUUCUGUAUAUGAUAGCGACAGUGUCUCUCUGAUAGUGUUGAUCUCUGCUGCUGCCGGCGGAUCUUUGUUGAUUGUAUCAUUCAGUAUCUUCUGCAUCUGCAGGAAAUGUAAAAAAGGUCAGGAGAGCGAUCAGUAA